AUGGAUUCAACUUUACGUGAACAAGUCAUGAUAAAUCAAUUUGUGUUAGCAGCAGGAUGUGCUCAAGAACAAGCGAAACAGUUAUUACAAGCUGCUCAUUGGCAAUUCGAGACGGCAUUAUCAAUAUUUUUUCAAGAAGUAGCUUUACCUGCUGGAGCUAAUGGAAUCGCUGCGCCCCAUUAUCGCCAGCAACUGAUGACACCAUGCAAUACUCCAGCUACGCCACCUAAUUUUCCGGAUGCCCUAGCGGCGUUUUCGAGAUUAUCGACGACGGGCAGUCCGAGCAACGCAGGCGGUGCAUUCUCGAACGCAGCGCCGCCUGUGUCCCCACUUGCGACACAUCCCCCACCGCCACCACCACCACAUGUUCCGAUGAACAUGUUUCCUGGUUCUCCCAACAAUCAAACAAAUUAUUCAUCUAUCUCCUGCUCAACUGCUAUGUGCAGCGAAAACAUGCCAAGAUAA